UGGGGGAGCCCCCCCAGCCCCACCGCCAUCCUCGGCAACCCCAUGGUCCGUGCUCAUGGCAAGAAAGUGCUCACCUCCUUCGGGGAAGCCGUCAAGAACCUGGACAACAUCAAGAAAUGUUUUGCGCAGCUGAGCAAACUCCACUGCGACAAGCUGCACGUGGACCCCGAGAACUUCAGGCUUCUGGGUGACAUCCUCAUCAUCGUCCUGGCUGCCCACUUUGCCAAGGACUUCACCCCUGCCUGCCAGUCCGCCUGGCAGAAGAUGGUCCGUGUGGUGGCCCACGCGCUGGCCCACGAGUACCACUGA